UGUCAAGUAUCAACUUGUCAUGACAUCAUCAUGAGAGGUGGUAAUGCAAUAUUUUGAUAAAAAACAUGUUAUUGUUAUCCACAGAUAGGUAAAUCUUUGUUAUCAGUAUUACUCUAACUGAGUUUGCAUUUAUUAGCAUCUCACACCUCUACGUAGAUUCUAAAAGUUCGCUGUUGUCCAAAGAAGUCUUUGCGCUCUUUUCGUCGUCUUGUAAAUAUGUUCGCAGAUACGUUUCUUUAUUUUGCUUACGGAAGUAAUCUGCUUAAAAGAAGGAUUCACAUCAAUAACCCCUCAGCAAAAUUCUUAGGAAUAGGACGUUUAGACAAUCAUCUGCUUGAUUUUAUCAAAUAUUCUGAGCAUUGGAGGGGGACCUCGGCUACUAUUGUGCCUAACCCAGGAUCCCAUGUAUGGGGAGCAAUAUGGAGAUUACAUAAUGAUGACAUGCCUGCAUUAGACAAGCAAGAAGGUGUUGAAAACAAUUGGUAUUUUGCAAAAAAUGUAGACAUUAUGCUACCAGAUGGUUCCCAGACCGUGUGUAGAACAUAUCAACAAACAAUCAAUCCUCCAAUCAGGAAACCCGGUGAAGAGCUGCCUGUAGAUCGCAGGCCUUGUAUUACAUAUUUAGAUUGUAUUGUAAAUGGAGCAAUUGAGUGCAAAUUACCUGAAUACUACAUUGAAGAACUCAAAAAAAUACCAAACAAUGGACAAGAGGCUUCGCCUAGCAUGAUUGCUAAGUUAAACAAAACUUCAUAACUCUUAUAGCACAAACAUUUUGUUCACUGCAAUAAGACAUUUCCAAAAAAUAAGCUGUGAUGACUAAAUAUGAAUAAAAGGAUUAUAUUAA